AAUACAUACGGAGUACAAAGUGGUAACGUAUUGUUGGCGCAUUUCACACGCUAAUCUCUCUCUUCCUCGUUCCCAUGACCUAAUCUGAAGAUUGCCGGGACAACUCCUUCCUUUACGAUUGCAAGUAGUUGAUUCCUAAGUAGGUUAGUAUAUUGAUCAGAAGGAGAAGCUUGCGACUUUGUCAACAAGGAGCUUAAACUGUUUUUGAUGGCUAAUCUACAAUGGUCAAUUCCUUCAAUGGUUGAUGGCCUGAACCGAGUUCAAAGAAAGGUCCUUUUCUGUGCUUUUAAGCUUAACAUUUACAAGGACGUAGAAGUUUCAGAGUUCUCUCUUUAUGUAGCUCUUGAAUCUAAUUAUCUUCGUAGUAAGCGGGAUCUUGCCAGUGCCAUUUUUUGCAUGGCACAUGAUUAUUUGGGCACCAACAACAUAAAUCUUCUUGAACCAAAUGUCCUAUUUGGAACUCGUUACCUAGGAGGCAAAGAUCAUGAUGCUGUUCCUACAUAUAGAUACACUCGGCUGUCUGCUAUCACACAGUACCUGUUCCCCAAAGAUUAUGAUAUUCUGCUUGAGUACAUAAAAGAAGAUGGAAACUCUGUUGAACCUAGUUGGUGAGCUUUUUACGGGUGACAAAUGGAUCAGUGUGUAGGUAAUGAAGGUAUUGUGGAUGUCAAGCUAAUCUCUUUUAUAAUUCAGACAUGCCAAUUAUACCAAUGGUUCUAGUCAAUAGAAGUACUGAAGUCAUAGUGACCGGAGAUCGAUCUUAUAUCCCAAUAUAUAAUCCGACGAACAUUGUUUCAAAUUUGAGGUGUUUACUAAAUGAUAAGCCAAUGCAGCCAAUGCAGCCCUGGUACAAAGGAUUUAGAGGAAAUAUUAAGAAAGCUGCAGCAGAUGGCUACACUAUCGAAGGACUAAUAGAGGAAGUCGAUGCAACUACACUCAGGAUUACAGAGCUACCUAUUGGAGUAUCGAGUCAAGAUUAUAUAGACUUUCUGCGAUCGAUGACGACAGGGAAUGAUCCAUUCAUCAAGGAUUACAUAGAGCGCUUUGCUGCUGACACAACUGUAAAUUUUGAAGUCAUCUUACCAGCGGAGAACUUGAGCAUGGCCAAGCAUGAGGGUUUGCUUAAGAAAUUUAAGCUUACUUCUACGAUCAAGACAAGUAACAUGCGCCUGUUCAACCGAGAAGGCAUGAUCAAGAAAUAUGACACCCCUAUACAAAUUCUUGAGGAAUUCAUUCCUAUAAGACUUGAAUUCUACGAGAAAAGGAAGAAGUAUGUGUUAUGCAAUCUUGAAAUGGAAUUGUUGAAACUGGAAAACAAAGUUAAGUAUGUAACUGAAGUUCUAGAAGGGAAGAUCAGUUUUUUCCAGGGGAACAUUGAUAGUCUGGUAAUGCUGUUGAAAGCAAAAGACUUUAUGACUUUGGGGAAGAUAACAAAUACUCCUGAAGCAGCAGUUCCUGAAGAAGAUUAUGAAUACAUACUCAGAAUGCCACUUCUGACCUUAACUAAUGAUGGGUAUAAGGAGCUAUGUUAUACAGGAGAUAUGCUUAAAAAUCGUGUUAAUGAUUUGAAAGAUGAAACUCCGAAGUCUAUGUGGUUGAAAGAUCUUGGCAGUUUUGAGAAGUACUUCUUGAGGGUGUGAAACCCAGUGCAGUUCCGAAGAAUGCUUCUAAGAAGCAGAAGUUGUCAACUGUUGGUCCUCACCUCCGCCGCCACCAAGAAAGUAGUUGUAGUAAUUACGGGCAAGUCCGACAUUGAAGGCGUUGUCACUCUCACCCAAGAGCAUAAUGGUCGAUUCUUCAGCUCUCUAAUUAAAUAGGUCUUAUAUUUUCUUGUUUGAUUUUGUUAUUAUGUUUCUGAACUUAUCAAAUAUUUAUAUGUUUUUGAGCUGAACUUGUCAAAUAUUUUUAUUUAUCAAAUAUUUUUAUGUUUUUGAGCUGAA